UUUCAUGUAAUACAUUUUUAUUUUCGGGAUUGCCCUUGGUCAAAUAUUAUCGUCGAAGUUGCGUACAGUGAGUCAAUGGCUCAUGUUAAAGAAAAGGUGAAGGGAUAUUGGCUUAAACAUAAUCGUGCUUACGAUGAAAUAGUUGUCAAAAUUAAUCCUGUCUCUCAAG